UGAUCACGCACUUACUCAUCCACCUUUUUAUUAUUAUUCACUUAGGCGUAUUCUUCCUAUUCGGCGCUGGCCGCCUCGCACUCAUCCGUUCACAACCCCACCUUGCCAUAUCAUAUUACACACAAGCUAUGCACGCGCAGAAACAGUAUACGAAUUUACACUAUAUCUCAUAUUGGGAAAUGGCGAUUUCGUACCUUGCUUUGUGGGAUUUGAGCGGGAGUUUGGGGUGUUGGAGGGUUUUGGAAGCUGAGGGGAAUUGGAGUAAAGCGAUAUACUCGUACGGCCUGGCUGUAUGUCUGCUUGAACUUGCUAAGGAAGACAAGGAGAAGAAGAAGGAAGCUGCUAGGUUGAUGGAGCGCGUCCCGGGGCUUAGGCAGAAGAUUGCUGGGAAGAGUAUACCGAUGGAGAAAUUUGUGGCGCGCAAAGCCCGAAAAUUCGCAUCUCAGAACCAACGCUUAUGUCUCCCCGUCCUUGAGCUCGCUUAUCUUUUCCUCGGCAUCGCACAUGCCCCUAGGGGGGUUAUCGUGCGCAAGAUGAUACCAGAGGUAGAGGCGCAGCUUCGGGCGUUGAGCGAAAAAGCGGAGAAUGAAAAGAAGGAAGGUGAUGUACAUGCCGACCAUGAUGCGGAAAGUGACAAUGGGUAUUGGGAUGAUUGGUGCUUGACCAAGUUUUUGGAGGGUGUUUGUUUUAGAUAUGUUGCGUUUCCUGACCCAGACGCUGAAGUUGACGACGAGUCUUCGUUGAUAUAUAAUAAGGAAGGUUCUCCAGUGGUGAUGCACGACAAGGAAGAAUCGGCGAAGCGCGCGGUUGCGGCAUUUGAAGCUGUCUUUGAGUGUGGUCCGAAGAUUGAGCUGGACCAUCAUCUUGUGUAUCAUGCGCAUUACGAACUCGGUCGACUACUGGCUUGCAUGGGCGAUGAAGACGCUGCCAGGGAGCAGUUUGAACUGGUGCUCUCUGGCAAACCGCUAGAAGUAAACGCAUCGGGACGGAAAGGGAAGUAUAGCAUGGAGGGUGCGCUACACAUGCGCACGCACGCUGCUAUGGACAACUUAUAGCAGAAGAGACUAUUAGGCUGGUAACGUAUUAACAUCUGCAUACUCGCGUUUAUUUAUAGCUCAUCACUUUCAUCUUGCUAUCUUCGUCCACACAUACCCUGCCCCCGGCACUGUUCGUUCCCUAUCACCAAAUUCGUGUAUUCGUUACCCUGGCUGUGCGUACGUAGCUCUUAUCCCCGAAUCUUCCUGUACUUUUGUUGUUACGUUGACUGGCGAGAUCCCUUUGUUAGAU